AUGGCUAAGCAGGCAUGGCUAGAGGACAAAUGUAAGAAUGUAGAGGCUUAUCUCACUAGGGGUAAGAUAGAUACUGCCUACAGGAAAAUUAGAGAGACCUUUGAAGAUAAGAGAACCACUUGUAUGAACAUCAAGAGCUUAGAUGGAAACCCAGUUCUAAGCAAAGAAGGGAAAGCAGAAAGGUGGAAGGAGUAUAUAGAGGGUCUAUACAAGGGCGAUGUACUUGAGGACGAUAUUAUGGAAAUGGGAGAGGAUGUAGAUGAAGAUGAAAUGGGAGAUAUGGUACUGCGUGAAGAGUUUGACAGAGCACUGAAAGACCUGAGUCGAAACAAGGCCCCCGGUGUAGACAACAUUCCAUUGGAACUACUGACGGCCUUGGGAGAGCCAGUCCUGACAAAACUCUACCAUCUGGUGAGCAAGAUGUAUGAGACAGGCCUGUUGACUCAUAAUCCAGCAUACGAGAAUGUUUCAGUGUUCCCGAUGUAG